GUCCACGUGUAAUGACCUUACGAGAGAAUAUAAGUGGGGCCACAAAAGGCCACUUAGCAACAACGACAUUCAGACACCAUGAAGAUCCUGGUUGUUCUCCCCCACCUUGCCGUGCUCAUGGCUGUGGCAAUGGCGUACCCUGCUGCUCUCACAGGAGGUGGCGGAGCUCUUGGCCUCGGCGGCGGCAGUGACCUGGCUGGUGGCGUAACUGGCGGCCUAACCAGCGGGGUAACAAGUGGCGUAGCUGGGGGACUAACCAGUGGCCUAACCGGCGGGUUAACUAGCGGCGUAACUGGUGGACUAACAGGACCUGGGGGCUUAACUAGUGGUGUGACUGGAGCUGGGGGUCUAACUGGUGGCCUAACAGGAACAAGUGGUUUAACCGGUGGCCUCACCAGCGGCGUAACUGGCGGCCUAACCAGCGGGGUAACAAGUGGCGUAACUGGGGGACUAACCAGUGGCCUAACCGGCGGGCUAACUGGCGGCGUAACUGGUGGACUAACAGGACCUGGGGGCUUAACUAGUGGUCUGACUGGAGCUGGGGGUCUAACUGGUGGCAUAACAGGAACAAGUGAUCUAACCGGUGGCCUCACCAGCGGCGUAACUGGUGGGCUAACCAGUGGGGUAACCGGUUGCUUAAGCGGUGAUCCAAAUUGUGUUCUAUCGGGAACUGGGGGCUUAACUAGUGGCCUGACGGGAGCUGGUGGCUUAACUAGUGGCCUCACUAGCGGCGUAACUGGUGGACUAACAGGACCUGGGGGCUUAACUAGUGGUCUGACUGGAGCUGGGGGUCUAACUGGUGGCCUAACAGGAACAAGUGGUCUAACCGGUGGCCUCACCAGCGGUGUAACUGGUGGGCUAACCAGUGGGGUAACCGGUUGCUUAAGCGGUGAUCCAAAUUGUGUUCUAUCGGGAACUGGGGGCUUAACUAGUGGCCUGGCGGGAGCUGGUGGCUUAACUAGUGUCCUCACUAGCGGUGUAACUGGUGGUCUAACCAGUGGGGUAACCGGUUGCUUAAGUGGUGAUCCAAAUUGCGUUCUGUCGGGAACUGGGGGCUUAACUAGUGGCCUGACGGGAGCUGGUGGCUUAACUAGUGGCGUCACUAGCGGCGUAACUGGUGGUUUAACCAGUCGGGUAACUGGUUGCUUAAGUGGUGAUCCAAAUUGCCUUCUGUCGGGAACUGGGGGCUUAACUAGUGGCCUGACAGGAGCUGGUGGCUUAACUAGUGGCCUCACUAGCGGCGCAACUGGUGGUCUAACCAGUGGGGUAACUGGUUGCUUAAGUGGUGAUCCAAAUUGCGUUCUGUCGGGAACUGGGGGCUUAACUUCUGGCUUGACAGGAGCUGGUGGCUUAACUAGUGGCCUCACUAGCAGCGUAGCUGGUGGUCUAACCAGUGGGGUAACCGGUUGCUUAAGUGAUGAUCCAAAUUGUGUUCCGUCGGGAACUGGGGGCUUAACUAGUGGCCUGACAGGAGCUGGUGGCUUAACUAGUGGCCUAACAGGAAAAGGCGGUCUAACCAGUGGCCUCACUAGCGGCGUAACUGGUGGGCUAACCAGUGGGGUAACCGGUUGCUUAAGCGGUGAUCCAAAUUGUGUUCUAUCGGGAACUGGGGGUUUAACUAGUGGCCUGACGGGAGCUGGUGGCUUAACUAGUGGCCUCACUACCGGCGUAACUGGUGGUCUAACCAGUGGGGUAACCGGUUGCUUAAGCGGUGAUCCAAAUUGUGUUCUAUCGGGAACUGGGGGCUUAACUAGUGGCCUGACGGGAGCUGGUGGCUUAACUAGUGGCCUCACUAGCGGCGUAACUGGUGGUCUAACCAGUGGGGUAACUGGUUGCUUAAGUGGUGAUCCAAAUUGCGUUCUGUCGGGAACUGGGGGCUUAACUAGUGGCCUGACGGGAGCUGGUGGCUUAACUAGUGGCGUCACUAGCGGCGUAACUGGUGGUCUAACCAGUGGGGUAACUGGUUGCUUAAGUGGUGAUCCAAAUUGCGUUCUGUCGGGAACUGGGGGCUUAACUAGUGGCCUGACAGGAGCUGGUGGCUUAACUAGUGGCCUCACUAGCGGCGUAACUGGUGGUCUAACCAGUGGGGUAACUGGUUGCUUAAGUGGUGAUCCAAAUUGCGUUCUGUCGGGAACUGGUGGCUUAACUAGUGGCCUGACAGGAGCUGGUGGCUUAACUAGUGGCCUAACAGGAAAAGGCGGUCUAACCAGUGGCCUCACUAGCGGCGUAACUGGUGGGCUAACCAGUGGGGUAACCGGUUGCUUAAGCGGUGAUCCAAAUUGUGUUCUAUCGGGAACUGGGGGUUUAACUAGUGGCCUGACGGGAGCUGGUGGCUUAACUAGUGGCCUCACUAGCGGCGUAACUGGUGGUCUAACCAGUGGGGUAACCGGUUGCUUAAGCGGUGAUCCAAAUUGUGUUCUAUUGGGAACUGGGGGCUUAACUAGUGGCCUGACGGGAGCUGGUGGCUUAACUAGUGGCCUCACUAGCGGUCUAACUAGUGGCCUAACGGGGACUGGAGGAGUAACCGGUGGCUUGCUUACUGGCGUAACUGGUUGCCUAACCGGUGAUGCAACUUGUAUCCUAACAGGGACCGGUGGCCUAACGAGUAGCCUAAGUGGUAACGGCCUAGUCGGCGGCCUCACAGGGAAUGGCCUAACUGGUGUCGUUACUAGUGGUCUUACAGGUACCGGUGGUCUAACCAGUAGCCUAACUGGUAAUAGCCUUGUCGGUGGCCUAACUGGUGGACUCACAGGGGGUGGCCUAACUGGUGGUUUGACCAAUGGUGUAACUGGAGGCGUAACAAGUGGCCUAACUGGUGUCCUUACUAGUGGUCUUACAGGUACCGGUGGUCUAACCAGUAGCCUAACUGGUAAUAGCCUUGUCGGUGGCCUAACUGGUGGACUCACAGGGGGUGGCCUUACUGGUGAUUUGACCAAUGGCGCAACUGGAGGCGUAACAAGUGGCCUAACUGGUGGCCUUACUAGUGGUCUUACAGGUACUGGUGGCCUAACCAGUAGCCUGACUGGUAAUAGCCUUGUGGGUGGCCUAACUGGUGGACUCACAGGGGGUGGCCUAACUGGUGGUUUGACCAAUGGCGUAACUGGAGGCGUAACAAGUGGCCUAACUGGUGGGCUGACCAGCGGCGUAACCGGAGGCCUGUUAGGAGGUGGACUUCUGAAGGGCUAAUGAAGACUGGCAUCAUACUGGGACUGACGGCAGAGAGUGGCACCGGGGGCACUAAACCUUCAAUUGAACUGUGCCACUACCUGUUACUGUGUACUGUUUGUCUAUGCUACCAUCGGGUGCAUAAAAUACAAAUGUUCAACAUCAACUUAGUAAACAGAAUAAAUUGGAAGAAAAUCUGGA